UGAGUCCGUGUCUCCCUUUUCUUUUACUGUCGAAGGAGAAAGAGACGGGAGAAGGGUCCGCCAUUAUUGGAAGCCGAAUAAUCCCUAAACCAAAGCGCAGCGAUUCGUACUGAAAGGGAGGGCAAAACACUAGCCUGAAAAAAAACAACAACAACUAUUGCUUUUUUUAAAAAUCACACUGCGUCUUUAUGAACAAAACAAACAAACAAACAAACAAACAAAACCCCAGCAAUAUAAGUAAUCGCUAGUACACAACGUGGUGUGCCCGCCGAUGAGGCAUUAUUUGUAAGUAUUUGUACGCCCCCUCUUCUCCAUUAUUUAUGCCGCGGAUGAGGUCUCAAAGGUCAUGAGGAUUUCUAACACCAAGAAAGAAGACAAAAAAACGAAGAUAAAAAAUAUUCCAAAUUGAAAAAGAAAUCGAGAUCGUGUGAACCGUGGGACGAAGCAGAACAGGAAAUAACGAGAUUGUGUGUUUGGGGGUGCAUUCGUUAAUUUAUUUAUCGAACCGGUUGGGUUUUUUUUUUCUGCGCGGAGCGGACACAACACGAGAGAGAAAAAAAGGAGAGGCAGCGACAUGGGACACAUUCAGUCUGGUCAGUACUGAAGCCGUUUACCAUUGCUGUUAAUCAGCGUGACCUUGGAGAAGAGGAGAUGGGCCACAAUACAGUGUUUGCCUGCCUGCAUCCAUAAUCCCAACAGCCUCCCCCUCUCCCUACUCUUACUCCCCCCCACUCCUUCCUACCCUCCCUCCCUUCUGUUCCCAAUACCCACCCAACAUCCCUAGAUCCUACUCGCUACGACUCCCCUCUUCAUUUUCACAAACUGCAACACCAACGGAACACCAAAAGGAACACACUUAAAAACCAAAACCACACUGCACCUUGAAGUAAAAAGUUGCAUGGAAACGAGAUACCUCAUUCUCCUAGUAUUCUCAAGCGCUUCAAAGCCAGUCAGGAUGAGUGACGGUGCACGGUGAUGAUGGCGAAAAAGCAAGAUGCCCGGACGCCCACCCACAACCUGAUUGUGGUGGGUCUGUCCGGGACGGAGAAGGAGAAGGGCCAGUGCGGGGUUGGCAAGUCUUGCCUCUGCAACCGCUUUGUCCGCCCCAGUGCCGAUGACUUCUACCUAGACCACACUUCGGUGCUGAGCACCAGUGACUUUGGGGGCCGAGUGGUCAACAACGAUCACUUCCUCUUUUGGGGGGAGGUGAUGAGGCCGGUAGAGGAGGGAUGGGAGUGCCGGAUGCACGUGGUGGAGCAAACAGAGUUUAUCGAUGACCAGACUUUCCAGCCCCACCGCAGCACAGCCUUGCAGCCCUACAUCAAGCGGGCAGCCUCCACCAAACUGGCUUCAGCAGAAAAGCUGAUGUACUUUUGCACAGACCAGCUGGGGCUGGAGCAGGACUUUGAGCAGAAGCAGAUGCCCGAGGGCAAGCUUCUGGUGGACGGCUUCCUCUUGUGUGUGGACGUAAGCCGCGGAAUGAACCGCAACUUCGACGACCAGCUGAAGUUCGUCAACAACCUCCACAACCAGCUGGCCAAGACCAAGAAACCCGUAGUCCUGGUGCUGACUAAAUGUGAUGAGGGUGUGGAACGAUACAUCAAGGACUCUCACACCUUCGCCCUCACCAAAAAGAAUCUGGUGGUGGUGGAGACGUCUGCGCGCUCAAACGUGAAUGUGGACCUGGCCUUCCUCACGCUGGUGCAGUUGAUUGACAAGAGCAGGGGUAAACCCAAGAUCAUCCCCUACUAUGAAGCACUCAAGCAGCAGAGCCAGCAGAUCGCCACCUCAAAGGACCGCUACGAGUGGCUCGUGAGCCGCAUCGUCAAGAACCACAAUGAAAACUGGCCCAACAUCUGCAGGAGGAUGCAGUCCUCCCCAGAGUACCAGGAGUACGUCUUCUUGGAAGGCACUCAGAAGGCCAAGAAGCUCUUUUUGCAGCACGUGCACAGGCUCAAGCAGGAACACAUAGAGAAACGGCGCAAGAUGUACCUCGGCACAUUGCCCCAAGCUUUGAACUGCCUGAUACCCGAGCUGGAGGAGAUCGACCGCCUCAGCUGGAGCCGGGUCCAGCACCUGCUAGAGACAAAGGGAGACUUUUCCAACUGGUUUGUGGUCCUCGACGAGACCCCGUGGGAUGCCACGUCGCACAUAGACAACAUGGAGGACGAGCGCAUCCCCCUGGACCUGCUGGACACUGUGGUGGCUGAGCAAGUCUACGACGCUCACCUGCAGAGGUUGCGCAAUGAACGGAAGCGGGCAGAGAUGCGGCGACUCUUCAAAGAGAGCUUGGAGACGUCUCCCUUCAUCACGGCUGGAAAGCCCUGGGAGGAAGCACGCAGCUUCAUCAUGAAUGAGGAGUUCUACCAGUGGCUGGAGGAACCAGAGUAUCUGGAUAUUUAUAACCGGCACCAGAAGGAAAUCAUCGAGCGGGCGAAGGAGGACUUCCAGGAGUUGCUCCUGGAAUAUUCAGAGCUUUUCUAUGAGUUGGAGGUAGAUGCCAAGCCCAGCAAAGAGAAGAUGGGGGCCAUCCAGGAGGUCCUGGGCGAGGAGCAGAGGUUCAAGGCCCUGCAGAAGCUGCAGGCAGAGCGGGAUGCCUUGGUCCUCAAGCACAUCCACUUUGUCUACCAUCCCACCAAGGAGACAUGCCCAAGCAGUUCACAAUGUGGGGACAGCAAGAUCGAGCAGCUUCUGGCCUCCCGCUUCCUGGUGCGACCCCACCAUCAGGACAGUGGGAACCACAAGUCAUAUACACCGUCGGCAGACAGCAAGGCUGACCGGAUCAACCUGGUCAUCCUGGGCAAGGACGGGCUGGCCCGAGAACUAGCCAAUGAAAUCCGGGCUCUCUGCACCAGUGAUGACCGGUACCUGCUGGACGGAAAGAUGUAUGAACUCUCGCUGCGGCCCAUUGAAGGCAACGUUCGCCUACCUGUUAACUCUUUCCAGACAGCCUCUUUCCAGCCCCAUGGCUGCCUCUGCCUCUACAACUCCAAGGAGUCCUUGUCCUACGUCCUGGAGAGCAUAGAAAAGAGUCGGGAAUCCACUCUGGGCAGGAGGGACAACCACAUGGCACAGCUCCCCAUGACUCUCAUCCUGGUCACAAAGCGUGGGGUCGGUUCUAUAGGAGACAUAGGUGGAGAGACUACCCACAGCCUGAUCAUCCAGGGCCAGCAGGUAGCCAGCAAGCUCCAGUGCGUCUUUUUAGACCCGGCUUCAACAGGCUUGGGCUAUGGCCGCAGUGUGAAUGAGAAGCAGAUCAACCAGGUUUUGAAGAGCUUGCUGGACUCGAAACGGAACCGUAACCUGGUGGGUGGGGGUGGUUCUGGCUCCCCAUCUCUCCAUCCAGUGUCCAGCAUUAAAGACUUGCAUCAUCAACAGCAGCAACAGUUACAGAACCCUGAAGCAGACCUGCGCAUCGUUAUGUGUCUGAUGUGUGGGGAUUCAUACGACGUCGACCAGCUCCUUUCCCCUCUCCUGCUUCCCCAGCACUGCAGGCCUUCCCAGUCAUCAGCCAGCAGUGGGAGCUCGGUCCUCCUUGAGCUAUCAGUAGGUGGCCAGCGACAGAGCAUCGACCUCUCCAUCCUCUCCUACCACUCUUCCUUCAGCGUGCGCAAGAGCCGGCUGGUGCAUGGUUACAUCGUAGUGUACUCUGCCAAGCGGAAGGCCUCUCUCGCCAUGCUGUGCGCUUUUCUCUGCGAGAUCCAGGAUAUCAUCCCUGUGCAACUCCUAGCCGUCGGUGAGAGCCAGUCUGAGCUGACUGACUGCGAGGCAGCCAGGGACCAGCUGAGCCAAGGCGAAGAACUAGCCCAGGAGAUCGAAGGGAGGUUUGCCAGUGUGGUUUGUGACGGGAGUGGGAGCCUGCUCUUGCAGCAGCAGCACAGAGUAGACCUCUUCAACCAUUUCUUCAAAGAUGUGGUGGAGAAGAAGACUAUAGUGGAGGCUACUCACAUGUACGACAACGUGGCGGAGGCCUGCAGCACCAAUGAGAGCGUCCACUCCCCUAGAGGAGGCUCGCCCAGCCCGGUCACCACCCUGCUGGACUCCGAGGAUGACGUAGAGCCCUCUUCGCCUUAUGCCUCUCUCCGGGAGGACAACACCUUCUCUUCCCAUGGUGGGGUCAAGCUCCCGUCCACCUGCGAACUGGAAGCCAGCGACACCUUCUCCCUCAUCUCGGAUAUCAGGACAUUUGAGAGCAAGCUCAACAAUAAGGUGCCACCGCCAGUCCGGCCCAAGCCUACAGGCCACUUUGACUUCCGCAAAGUCAACACCAGCAGUUUCAUGGACACGGGCAGCCACAGGCGCUCGCUCCCAUCGGCGGUCACAUGGGCCCCUGGGGACGGAGGCUACGACCCUUCAGAUUACGCAGAGCCCAUGGACGCAGUGGCCAAGCCUCGGCCCAGCGAGGAGGACACUAUCUACUCCAUUCCUGAUGGCAUCACACAAGGCAAGAUCAUCACGGUCCGCAACACCAACAAGACACACUCAAAUGGUGGGGGCAACGGGUCGGACAGCGAGGUGGACAGCAGCUCGCUGGAGCGUCGGCGCAAGCUCUCCUCCGUUGGCGCCAAGCCUCGGCUGUACCGAGACCGGUCCAAGCGGCUGGGCAAGUUCAGCAGUUUCCGCACCAGCUUCUCCAUCGGCAGCGACGACGAGCUGGGAGGACCGCCCAGGAAGAAGGCAGAGGACGAGAGCGGGCCAAACAAGGGCGACAACUCGGUGAUCGAGAACGAGGGAGAGGACCCCAAGAGGAGGAACAUCCUCAAGAGCCUUCGCAGGACCACCAAGAAAACUAGGCCCAAGCCUCGACACUCCCUCACCAAACCCCCUAUGGAGAGCAACUAUUUCGGGGUGCCGCUGGUCAACGUGGUAUCAGCAGAGCGGCCCAUUCCUCUCUUCAUUGAGAAGUGCAUCAGAUACAUUGAGGCGACAGGGAUUAGCACUGAAGGAAUCUACCGAGUGAGUGGAAACAAGGCAGAGAUGGAGAGCUUGCAGAGGCAGUUUGAUCUGGAUCACAGUCUGGACUUUGCGGAGAAGGACUUCACUGUGAACGCGGUGGCUGGAGCCAUGAAGAGUUUCUUCUCAGAGCUGCCUGAUCCCCUGGUGCCCUACAGCAUGCAGGCGGAGCUUGUGGAGGCUCACAAAAUCAACGACCGGGAGCAGAAGCUGCACACACUCAAGGACGUUCUGAGGAAGUUCCCCAAGGAGAACCUGGAGCUCUUCAAAUAUGUCAUCAGUCACUUGAACAAGGUAAGCCAUCACAGCCGUCAGAACCUGAUGACUAGUGAAAACCUGUCAAUCUGCUUCUGGCCGACGCUGAUGCUGCCGGACUUCACCACCACGGAUGCCCUGACUGCCACCCGCACCUACCAGACAAUCAUCGAGCUCUUCAUCUACCAGUGCGAUUUCUUCUUCUACAAUCAGCCCAUUGCUGAGACCCCCAGCGGGCUGCCAGGAUCCCCCACUACCAUGACCACCAGCUCCAACUACUCCCCUUACUCUACCUCCCCAGCCGCCUCCCAGAACCAGCAAUCCCCACCCCACUCGCCCCCUGCCACUCCCCUCUCCCCAGUGCAGUCUCUCCUGCCAGCCCUGAACCCUCACACCCUGCCACCUGAGCAACAGAUACUGUGAGAGAGAGAGAGACUUCUACACAUGCCAUUCAAAGAGCAAGCUCCUAAGAGGCAGCGCUUGGGGUUUGGGGGUGGGUGGGACAAGUUCAAAAGAUAUACGAACGCAUCUUGUUUUGUUACAUUUUUUUUUCUUUUCGGGAGAUCGUUUUUUUUUUUCUGUUCACUUGGCAACCUUUUUCCUCCAGCAGCAGUGGCAAUGGGGAGAUACUGGAAAGGAAAGUGGAGAAAGUGCCAACAUUGCCUGUCUGUUAACAGGCUGAAGAGCUCUGGUGCAGGGUGAUACACAGCGGGGGGGGCGGGUAGUAGCUACUGCUCUUUAUGGGUGUGGAAUGGGAGAGAAAUGCCCUACACUGUGUCUGCCUUUAGACAUGUUGUAGGCUGUCAAGUAUUGAGAAUGAAGGAGAUUGGGCUCAUCCACGCUGGUACUCGAGUGUUAAAAUAGUCAGGGGUGCGAGGGGGGGGGGGGGGUUCAGGAACCAAUUGAGCCGUAAGAGCCCGAGAAAUCUGUUGUAUAACUGUUAGCUGGGAUUUUUUAAAACAACAAAUAAAUGAACUCCUUUUAGCUGUUGAUUUAAGAACCCGUGCAGCGGGACACCCUGUUCUGGCGAUCGCCAGUCCGUAUUCCAAACCCCAGCAGGAUUACUCUGGUCCCUCAAUGGAUCUUCUGGGGGAAAUCUGGAUUUGAAAACACUAUGAACAUUCCUUGACUCCUAUGGUUCAGAUUGUUGGAAAAUACAUUGUUGGACUUUAUAACUUAUGGAGUCAUCACCAGCAGAGCUGGACUUUGUGUUUUUGAUUGUCGUUUUUUUGUCUAGUGUGGAGUUAUCCCGGUAUUGGAUUGUAGCGUGUAAGGAACAUGUUGUUUGAUGUGCUGGUUCUUGGGGAUGGGUGUGUCCUGGAUAGAGUAAUUUUCAUCACUACGUUAAGAGUGAGAUGGAUGUUUGGCAAGGGGAGGCACUUUGAAAACUGGGUUUUCUCAGCUUUCUGCAUGCAUCAAGUGAUAAAGCAAGGCACAGUAAUAAUAUUACAAGUACAUGGCUUCGAUUCACCCUCUCUCCCAUGCCACAGAUUCGUUAUAUUUGUGUAUUGUGAUCUCAAGCUGGGCAAAUCGUUUGAAAAGUGAACCUCACCCGAUGGCUUGUGAAAACGUCCCUCCCACACUGUCUGCAUGUUGAAAUACCUUCCUUCUUUUGAGAGUAACUGUGUACCAUUAACUGCUUAGUAGCCAGGUAAUGCUACAAAAACCAUUCCAAACACUUUCCUCCCAAAUCUUUGACUCUGUCCAAUCCAAUUCUGCAGUGCCCUGCUGCAUGUUGAUUUUCUGCGAGCCGUUCCUUAAAGGGGAGGUCUCAAGUAGCCUAUUUGUUUUAGACGUUAGGCCUUGGAGGGCUUUAGGUUAGCAUGACUGAUGUGAACGAUGAACUGGACAGAAGGACUGACAUACGCUGCGGUAACCUUUCACUACCAGAAUGUUUGUUUUGUUUUAUUAGGCUUGUUUUUCACCUCCCCAGUUUUUUUCCUGAGUUUUGCUGCUGUGUACCGUGCAGAUCUGAAUUACAGUGUAUCUGGUUUCAUUAGGUACGUAAUACACUUUUAGGGGAUUCAGGUUGGCUGACAACCUUUUUUUUUCCCCCUCUAUUUUUUUGGAGCACUAAGGGGUUUGAUAAAACAUACAGCUUUGCUUUAUUGUAAAUUGCAUUAUCACUACACUACACACAGUCACAAUGAAAGCUGCAGUAAAUGAGUUGCCUUUUUUUCACAUUUAAUUCCCUCCUCCCCAUACAAAUAACUAAUUCUGAAUUAAACUAAAAGUUAAUUACUUGCUCAGAACAGUACAUGAAUUAAUUUAAAUCCUUGGGUUAAAUCUAUCCAGCUCUAUAAAAUUGAGAUUUAUUAGGUUUUAAUAUCCUCUUGGCUCCCUAGGUGUAUUUUACAAUAUACUGUAUAGUAAGGAAGGACGUGCAUUGGCUGUACUGCUAGAGCCCUGUGAAACUGCAUGGUCUUUCAAACACAUUUAAGCACUACUAAUAGAUUUUUGUUUUAUAUAAAAGGGUAACGCCACAGAGCUACUAAAUCUAGGGAGUCAUAGGCUGUGAAUAAUAAAAUAAUAACCCAUAGCAAUUUAAUCCCUUGCUGGUUUUAUCGACGCUUUCAGCUCAGUUUGUCCAGCAUUGUCUCUCUCGGACACUCUCUCGUUAGGCCUGCAAUUUUAAAAGCAACCCGUUUGUUGGAAACCUGUUAACUCAGAAGCUGAAAAGUGGAGUGAGUUGUGAUGGAUCAAUCUCCUUACUGAGAAUACGCCCGAGAGAGGGGCUUCGGAUCGGAUUAGCACGCACAGGGCAGCACUCUUUGAGAACCUGGUUUUGGGAAGUGGAAACGCAACGUUUUGUUGAACUGAUGCCUGCAGUAAAACCUGCAUCUUACUGCAAUGUAAGAGGAACAUUGUGUAAGCUGUUUUCAGAUUGACGCACUUCUUUUUGUCCAGUUGAGUGGCAUUUCGGUAGAUAUUUUUGAGGCACGUGGCGGUGCACGUUUUUAUCCCACUUCAAACAGCUGCGAUGACAGCACCCUGGCUGUCAAUAGCCACAAGGGUAAGAUGACUGUAAUAGUUUAAUCUCACUGAAUUGUUGCCACUUUUAUAUAUUUGUAUGGAAGAAAUCAAGUACUGUACUAAAAAAAAUAAUAAAUAUACACUGCAGUUAAGCAGAAUUUUUUUUUUUUUAAUUCUGAAUUUACUCAAUGCAGAUUUCUUUCAAGAUGGAACUGGUUGGUCUUGCUUUCAAAACCUGCAUGACAAUAUUAAAAAAUUGCUCCGCCUGCAUUGCUGGAGUGCUGCAGGGUGACCCGCGAGCUACAAUGAGCUUUGCCGCCUCCUUGUGUUGGAAACUGGUAUUGCAGCCGAGGUUUACUGUAAAAGAACGCUUUGGGAAUCUGUUCUCCCCUGGAGUCCAGUUGUCUUGUAUGUACUGUAGCGUUUCUGAAAGUAGUGGGGAAAGGGAAGAGCACAGAUGGUGAUGUAGAAGGGAAGAGAAAGUAUGUGUGUGUUUUUUAAAUUCUAAUUCGAAUGGGGUAUUUAACAGUUAGACCCACCUGCUGGCUGAUAAUUGCACAGCUUUUUUCCCCCUGUAUAGUGUUGAUAGGAGUAUAGUGUUUUUUUUAGCAAAUUUUUUUUUGCUAUUAUGAAAAGUCUACGUCAGUCAUGAGAUGCUUCUGUAUUUUCACGUUCAAACUUUGAUAACCAAGACCUUGAAGAAGCUUGUGUAACAUUCUAAUUCCCUGCUUUGAAAUUGUUUUCUUCCCUUUUUUCUUCAUUCAUUAAUUGGAGAUAUGCAGAAGCUAUAGAUUGAGUUCGCUUAAAACCCAUGCGAAUGCUGGAUGUUCAAGAAUGACGCAGUCAUACAAGUUUGUUCUUUUUUUAAAAUCUGUAGCGUGGCUCUUCAAUUACCUGCAUAUCAUUAAAUAAAAUAAUGAACAAACAAAUGAAAAGCAGCUAGGAACCAAAAGCUUUUUAUCCUUGUGAAAGGGGGAGCAAUGAUAAGGUUGCGCUCUCCUAAAUUAAGAGAAUUUAUUUUGGUUCUUAAACAAAGAAAGGUGGUCUUUUAAAAGAACAUUGCUGUUCAGUAUGUUGUCUUGAAUGAGUUUCAUUACAGACUGCCGAUUACUCUGCCUGACAAACUGGAGGGGAAAACAAAUUGUAGGAUUCAAAUUCAUACACUAGUUAAGAAGAGUGUGCUGCUGUAAACUAGGAAUAGACAGAUCUGUUAGUAUGCUUUAAUACAAGGGAUGUUUUGAGAAUCGCAAGUAAAUCUGGAGUUGCCUGUCCCGUUGCCUUCACUGAAACCACUGUACCAGUGUAUGUGAACACUAGUCUUGCCUGCUAACCAUAAAAAACCAGUAUGGGAUUUCCCAGUCUGUGUUGAACAGCCUCAGACCCAGUUCCCCAAAUUGCUGGGAAUAGCUGUCAGGUGAUCUGCCCAUUCUCUUCACUGCAACUAACUUGCAGGAAACUGCUGACUCUAUUUCAGACCAUAUUUCAGGACUAUCUAGUCUGUUUUCAGCUGUGUAUGGCUUUGCAGACAGGGCAUCGUCUGUACAAUGCUAUCUUGAAGUCACGCUAUGUUCCCUGUGAGUGAGUAGGAUAGAAAGAUUCAAUUGCUUCUUUGCAACAGUAAUCCUUGGCUCUGAUAACUGAAACUAAAAUGUAAAAAUGAGCAAAAGUGUAAACAUUACUUCAAAGUUCAACAGAUGUCUAGUUUUUUGUGAAUUGGGCACAAUAUCAGAUACAAAUUCAGUUUGACGUUUUGCUCUAUUUGUAACCACUAGGCCAGGGUGUCUAUUUUACUCCGUGUGCAACAGUAGCUCCGACAGACAGACGGACCAACACGCUCGCUCGCACAGACAGCAGACACAGAGGGGCUGGGGAUGAGGAAGGGUGGGGUAUCGGCUCGAAUCCAUUGUGUGUUCAUUAAAACAUCUUCAUCGAUGUAAAACACUUGAAAAUAAAGAUGUCUUUUACUCUGUUGCUGGAGAUCUUAAUGAUAAUCUAGUGAAUGCUGCACUUUUUAUUAUUAUUUUUUUUUUUUUUCUUUUUUAGCAAAAUUUUAAAUAAAUAAAUAAUUAAAACUAUCCGAAGGGACCUGUAUUGUUGUCCAGGGUCACUGAGCCACUUCAUAUGAAGGUGUUUGUACCUUUAUGUUUUCCCUGUUGUGUCCUAGUUUAUGUAAAACACAAGUAGGCAAGCCAUGUGGGUUCACAAUGAUAGGAACCCAUUUUCUUACGGGACGUGAGAAUGGGGUACAGGGCCAGUCGUUUGAAGUCUGCUAUUGUAAACGUGUCUGAAUAAUGCCAAAUGUAUCCAUUUAUCAUGAAAUGCUGGGAGCAACCGUUUGGCACCCCCCCCCCCCCAAAAAAAAAGACGUCAUAACGGCUAUUAAUCCCCAGUGCAUUGGACUAGGUCUGGCACUCAGAUGUGAAGGAAAGCAUUUACAAAAUACCUGGGAAUUGUUGAGUUAAAAAAUCCAAAAUUGAGUUGUGGGAGAUGGCAAUUAAGUAAACCAAAUAAACACUUUUCAGGGCUAACAAGUAAUUCAAAAAGCCAGAACCUGAUCUGCGAAGUUUGGUGAAGUUAUGCUGUCGGCCCCUGCUUUGAGUGAAUUGUAUCUUUGGGAACAGUUUGAGGUCUUGGCUAUGUACUGUCUGUAUUAUUCUAGCGCUUGACCCAAGCCUUCCCCUUCCCUGCCCAUGUGAAUCAAGCUGUUCUAUAUAUGCCGAUAUAAUCUUUUUCUAAAUUGCGGGUCUGUUCUCAUACGACUGAGAGACACUGCUUGUAAUUAAACAAAUGUAUUUCAAAGUUAAACACUAGUUAUGUCACCUUGUUUUGUAUUUUGUUUUAUUAGCUGCCUUUAGGAAAAAAAAAAAAAAAAGGAAAGGUUUGCAAUUGUAUUUGUUUCGUCAGACAAUUGAUGUGCAGGGGGAGAUAUUUUGCUGCUUCCAAGCUUUCGUUGGUACUUUGUAAUUUUUUUUUUCUCCUGUAAUAUGUUCUCUUUCUCUUAUAUCUAUUCUAUCUCGCAUAUAUAUAUAUAUAUAUAUAUAUAUAUAUAUAUAUACACACACACACACACACUGAAUUAACACUACUCCUUUUGAGGUGUAAAGCAAUGAAAGAAAACAACUUGUAUUAAUGUGGUAUUUGGUUAGACGAUGUAUGUGGCUGCAAUUUUUUUUCUUUCUUUUGCAAGAAUGGUGGCAGACUCUGUCUAAGUUAAAUGAAACUAUUAAAAUGGUUAUUUCUUUGUAUGCUAGGGUGCUAACAAUCUCCUUUAGUCCUUGGUGAUUUAGAAAACAUGUUCUUCUGUUUUAUUUUAAUAAUAAUUAAAUACAAAAAGCAAACCCAUUUUUAACAGUUUUGUGGCUGGUGUUAAGAGGCAACUCAAUAUAGUGCAUGAUUGCUUGCAAAACAAGCAAGGGAGUGUUUACUGCUCUGCAUUUAAAAAAUACAAAAAAAAAAAAAUCAUGUUUAUUAUUUGCUAAAAGUAUCGUAAUUUGUCUCCAUGGGAAUGGUGUAAAAACAUUUAAGGCCUUAUGUGACAUGUAUCAUAGUUAAUAAAUCAAUCUUGUAAAAA